CCCCAAGGCCUAUAUUUAGGCUGCCCUGCAAAAGGCCAGGGGUCGGGGAGAAGGUUAGCGCGGCCCCUCCCUCCCGCUCCGGCUCCCUUCUUAUACAGCCCGGCCCCCGGUUUUGCCUCUGCCAGUCACCCAGCACCCAACGGAGCCGUCGUGUCUUGCCAGAACCCCCGCUACACCCACGGUAUCUGGGAGAUGGGAGGGAAAGGAGGGGGCUGUGGAGGGGUGGGCGGGCGGGCGUCGGGAGAAGGGGCUGUCGAGAAGAGGCAAAUCUGGAUGGUCGCGCUGCUAGGAAAGGGUCCAAGAUGCUGCCGGCAUGAGAUUGUGGGAAGAUUUCAAGGGAGAAAGGAUGUGGGGCUCAGUAGGGGUGCAGUGAGCGGCCUUAGCGGGAAAUGACAUCUAUAGCUCAGCUAGUUGCAGUGUGGUGCUGAUAACGCCAAUGUUGCAUGUUCGAUCCCCAAAUGGGACAUGUGCAUAUUCCUGCACUGCAGAGGGUUGGACUAGAUGAUCCUCGGGGUCCCUUCCAACUAUGCAAUGCUAUUAUUCCAUCUCUGUGAAUGACAAGGCAUGUGAUUGGUGGAUGCUGUCUCAAGGGCAUAUCCUUUUGUUUAAAACAGACAAAAACCCCUGCCUGUUCUGAGUUUACGAACAGUAUAUUUCUCCUUUAAAAGGAAAAAAAAGCAACAACACUGAGCCUGUCUGUGUCUGAUUCCCACCCCCCUUUUAAAUCCUGUCUCUGUUCUCUUCCCAUCACCCCCUUUAUCAUUUAUUUAUUACGUAAUUGAUGGGGCCUCCCUAAACCUUGAAUCUUGUUUUCAUACAUCCAGUAGUUACUCCAUGUAAGACCAAAGGGACUCCAGCUAUAUUAUCUAACACGGCUGUUUCCUUUGAAUGCUGCAAUGACUUGCAAAAGUCUUGCACAGUUGCUGAUUGUUUGAGGAAGUAACGCUCACAUAAUCCCAUGGUAUCUGGGACACAGAAACAGAAAAAGAGUGUGUGUGUGUGUGUGUGUGUGUGUGUGUGUCUGUCUCAAUCCUUCUGUCCCUGGUGCUUGCCCAAUCCACCGCUCCAGGGUUUGGGUGUGUGUGUGUGUGUGUUGUACCUUCCAGUACGUAUUUGUCUUGUAAGCAAGCCUGUGGCCUCACUUUGCCUGGACCUCCAUUGCUCCUUGGCUCAUUCUUUGCUCCUCCUUAACCUGCUUCCAUCACUUGUCUUAUCUAAGGCAGCUUUCUUCCAAAUGAUGCUUUCAAUCAGGUCGUGCAAUCCCUGCAUCUGCAACUCAGAUGUAAAGCCUACAUUGAAUGGAAUGUAUACUUUGAUUUUAAAAGCCCCGCCUGCUGCUUUCUAUCCUGCAUGAAAAGGAUACCCUUGUCCACACUGCAGCUAUUCUGAACAUUACUUGUGAAAACCCUCUUCCACAUAAGGUGGUCUGGACAGGGUGUGUAUGGUAGAUCAUUGUGGGCACUAAAUGGGUUGCAGUUUGCCGACUUGCAGUUUGCCGACUAGUGAUCUGGCAUUUUAAAAAAAAGGGCUGCAGUUGUUUCUUGGAAGGAUCUGCCUUGCUUUUGCUUAUUUGUUGUGAAGGGCCUGGGGACACGCAGUCAAGCUCCUUCCUUUGUUGCUCUCCUCCCCCCUACUGCCACUUCUUUGGGGAGCAAGAGCUUCCAGAGUUGGGUAGCUGGGUUAAUGUGUUGCAGGAAAAAAAUCAAUUAAUAGUCUUAUGGCACUUUGAAGACUUAACAGAUUUAUUGUAACAUAAGCUUUUGUGGACAAGAGUCCACACCAUCCUUCAGAGGAAAUGGAUUUAAGUCCACGAAAGCUGCCACAAUAAAUCUGCAGCGAGGCUCUUUGAUAUUUGAGAUGGGGAAGGCAGAGCUAUAAUGCCCUUAACAGUUGCCGGGGGAGCAGAAAUUUUAGUAGGCUAAACUUUCCUUAGCAUGAAGACGAAGAGGGGGAAAGCUUCACCCCCUACACUUCUGCACUGGAAGCCCGGUGGCAGUGUUAUUAUUCAAAAGGCUUCUGUACUGAGUCCUCUCAAAGCGGCUUGCCAUCCAUACCGUUCAUUAAAACAACCAACAAUGAACAUCUAUUGCCAUUCAGCAACCGUUUCAAAGAGACAGGGAGCCUUUGCCACCUUCUUCCAGGAGCCUAGACACCUCCUCCUAUACCCCCCUUGUUAACAUUUCGGGGCUUGGUCAUUUUGGCGUUGUGGAUGAGCAGCUGUUCGACUGCAUUGUCGUUUAAAGGCUGGCUGAUCUAAGACUCUGCAGAAACUUUAUAGGGGGCGAGUGGCUGUGAUAGUUGUGGUGAGAAGGGGUUGGUCUUACUGGCCCUGCAGAGGUGGAGCAAACAGUAUUAACUGCUGCGGGUAGGCCUCCCCCCCCCCCCGCCACCUCCUCUCUCUGUUGUACCCUUUAAGGCAGUGCAUGAGGUGGAGAAAUCCGGGAAACGCUUCACCUGUUGAAUGGGUGCCUGACCUGCUAUUUAAUUAAAAAGGCCGGGCAGCUUCCGGUGUAAAUCACUUUGUUGAUUAACUGCUCGGUAUGACUGUGCGUUUUGGAAACGUAAAAAAAGAGUAAUGGAGAUAUAUUUUUUAAAAAGAGACAGGGACGUUCUCCUCAGGGAGGGGGAAGAGGUCAGGAGGCAACCUUACUGGAAAAGCGUUGGGAUCGGGUGGGGAGAAAGAAAUCGGCGCAUGAGGAAGAGGGAUCUGAACGGAUGGUGACCUUUCUGCCGUUCAAGCCGCGCGUACGUUCAGUCCUGGCAGGGAAGCUCCCAAUCCGCCAACCCUGUUUAUAGUCGCCAGUCAGGUCCGAAUGGGGGGAGGGGGAGGGGCGCCUCUCUCGUACCCCCUGCCGCCUGCUACGUGCUUUCCUGCACAGAGACCAGUGACUCAGCUAUUACCGUAAUCACCCCAAGAGAAGCCCAGUUUGGAUUCUGACCAGGGCUAAGAAGAAGGUUCUGGACUUCGGAUUGGGGAGCCAAGGCAAAGGGGCGGCGGGGGGGGGGUGUUGCAGCAUUCCCAUGUUACACUGACCCCACAGGUGCCUGGCCUUUUCGCUCCUCUCAUCAAUCAAACAGCAGCUGCCUCUCACUUCCCAGCCGCUGGGGUGUUAUAUAACCCACGGUGCUCCCCUGGCAGUUCCUUGCUCAGUGCAAAAAAACCGACAACAGCCCAGUUUUCCACCCCAGCCCACAUCUUGGAUGUGCAUAAGCGCCCAGCUUUUUUCUCUGGGUUAUUGAAUCUCUCCUGGUUCAUUACAAGUGCAGUAAUUGCAAAUCCGCCCUACAACUGAUACAAACAAGCCGAAAUGCACUGUUUCCCUUAAAACAUGGAUCAGUGGCACUUUAAAUUGCAAUUAGCAUAUUUUAUUAAAUUUAUUCCUCCCCUUUUUACAAGAAAAGAGGUCUCAAAGCAACUGAUAGCAAGUUUAAAAUGCCAAGAUGACAUCAAAUAGCCCAAAGUUACAUGGUACUAAAAGUUUACAUCCACCAGCAACCAGUAACAGAAAAAUAACAUCUGCCCACCCCAAAAUGUGGACACCAUGAACAGGCCAAAAAUCAAGCCACGGCAAGAUCCAAAUGCUUGGGAAAACUGGAAUGUAUCUGCCUGGCGCCUAAAAUCUUACAAGACAGAUGCCAAGGGAACCUCCUUAUCUGGCUCUCUAAAUUGCAAAUGUGUUGGCGCCAGAGAAUGUCAGAUGGGACGAAUGUUUGGCUCCUAACACCAGAAAGGUUGAGGCUCAUCCCAGUGUGGUCUUGAGCAAAAGGCAUUCUGCGCUUGCUCUGAUGCACCCCUAUUUAUGAGUUUACAGGACUAAGAAGAGUGAAACCAGGUUCUGGGAAGGUGCCCUGAAUUGGGUUAAGUUCUGGGCAGAAUUCAAAGUGGUUCAGAUAAUUUUGGGUUUAUAUGUUUUGCUUUUCAAAAAAACUAUUGGACAGCUGGACUGUUUCGGUGGGCAGGUUUUGAGUCAUUAUUACAAUUCUUCCUCCCUGCCUCCAAUCUCAGUUAGCCACCUAUGACAUCUUUACCCCAAUGCACAGCUUGUAGGCCAAUAAAGAGCAGACAGGAUCACAACUCCAGAACCCAGAUGCUUGGUCUUGUCAAAGAAAUCUCUGUUGCCUCUAUACUGAUAAAGCCACCAGUUUUGACCCUGGAGCUUUUAUGGGGAGUUCAGAAUCUUCACCAUCAGCUGUUGUUGCUUCUGAUCUUUUAGUACUGUAAUCCUUUAUCCUGGAAUUAAAGGCAAAGUUUUGCAGUGGCCUGUGGCUACAGGCAGCAAAUAUUUGUCCUUUCAAACGGGUCCUACUCCCUUGCAAAUGUGCUUAGGCUUGCAGCCUUUCCCCGUUAUAGAAGCUGCCCUUUCGCUUGUGAAAAUUCCUUUCUGCGGGGCCACCGGUUCCAUCUUAUCGCUUCCACUCCGAUUCUCUCUCUUGCACAAUCAGUCCCAUGCCCAGGCCUCUCUCUCUUUUCCGCAGCUAAAGCCCAACACUCAUGGGGGCUGAGGGGAUCCAGAAAUAGCAGCGUGUCCUUCAGAAAAGGACAGAGGAGCUGGAGGAGCGGGGAUCAGGUGUCCCCUUGAAAGGUCAUCGCUGAAACUAGAGUCUGGGAGAGGAUGCAAAGGGGGGAAAGACCUAUGGAGCCCGAUUUGGCUUCCCUUUCCAUCUCCCAGGAAGAUGGGGCAACGCCCUCGGUCCUCAACAACAUUUUAUCUCUUCGUGCUCUUUAAACGAGCAGGUUAAAAAGUGCGUGUGCCCUUUUAGGGUAUGCAGUGAAUGCGCCUAGCGUAUGGAGGUUUCUAAUCUAAUCGCAAAUAUGAAAACGUGAUUUUGCUCCUAAGCACACGCUGGGAUUCUGCAGCACGGUCGGCCACGGGAAUGAAAUCUCUUAUUUCCACGCGUAGGACUCAGUCGAGUGGAGCAGAGUUCGUCCACGCUUAUCUCCGUUUCCUUAUAUUUAAAUAAAUACCUUCGCUGCUAUUAGGGGGUGGGAGAGCUUGGGCCCUUUAAGUCUCCUCCCUCCCCCCUCCUCAAUGAGUCAAUUUCACACCCUUUUCCGCCUUGCCCUGCUACAUGACGUUCGAUCCCGGAACGCGGAGCUUCUUUUGAGCAUUCGAUUCGAACGCUUCACUUUGCUCGCGCCCAUCCCGGCUCCUGUUUGCUGCUGCUAAGGAAGAAGGCAGGUUUGACCCCCCCCUCCCCAUUUUCUUACGCACGCAUUCCUCCAAGGAGAACGAGUGGCGAGCCCUUCCUCUUUACAGAUUAGGAUUUCGGGGGGCGGGGGCGAGUAAAGAGAAAAUAAGGAAUGGUCGCAGGAGCAGUUGCGGAUAUUCUUUCCCCGCCGCCGCCGCCGCCGCCGCCGCGGUUUAUAUAAUAUGGGGAUCAGACUUGGAGAUAGAUAAGAUGGAGACGGUAAAACGUGGGGUGGAGUGGGGGAAGGGAGGAGGAAGUCCCGGCGGGGGAAGAAACGCAGCAUUUGAAAUCACGUGGUGAAGCUUAAUGUACAACUGUUGCAGAGGGGAAAAGAAAACAGGACAGCCCCCCCCCCCCAAAAAACUAAAGUAAGCGUAAAUAUUUCUCGAUCCUUCGCUCACACUUUCCAGUUUUGCCCCCCUGCAAUUGGACUCGCAUUGCAAAGGUGCUGCAGCUGAUUGGGGUAGCUAAUAUCGGGGAAGCUCAGAGCAUGGCGAGGAGUCGAAAAAACGGGGGUGAGAACUGGGGUUCCCUUGAGGAACAGGGUAAACGUCUAUUUCCUCUGUCCUUGAAAUGUCCUUGGUAUCUGCUAGCCAUCACCUGCUGGAGCCUUUGCUUCUUCUUUCAAAUAAGGCUUUAAUCUGGGCAUCCCCUUUGACCUUAGUGGGAAUCCUCCGAUUUCCAUAGCAACAGGGAGGAGCAGAAUUCUCUCCCGCCCUCCUGGCCAGUCUCUGUACAGACACGAAAGUCCUUGUUGUGGGUGUCUCCUUCAGAUACAGGACUGAGCAGGCAGAAAAGAGGAGACCGCGUUGCCAGGCUUGUAUUAACACUUCUUUGCCUUCUCCAGUUUAGCCAUUCAAGAUGCCUCACCAAUACCCAGCCUUGACACCUGAGCAGAAGAAGGAGCUGUCGGACAUUGCCCACCGCAUUGUGGCCAAGGGCAAAGGCAUCCUUGCUGCUGAUGAAUCCACCGGUAAGGGACAGAGAGCUGCCGGGUGGGGAGGACGAGCCAGGAAUGUGGAAUCAAAAAAGGGCUGCACAGCCUUCAUUUUAACGUAACAACUGUUUGCUUCAUCCUCUCCUCCGCCUCCUAGGCAGCAUUGCCAAGCGCCUGCAGUCCAUCGGCGCCGAGAACACCGAAGAAAACCGUCGCUUCUACAGGCAGCUGCUCUUCACCGCUGAUGACCGGGUCAACCCUUGCAUUGGUGGAGUCAUCCUCUUCCAUGAGACCAUGUACCAGAAAGCCGAUGAUGGCCGCCAGUUCACCCAGGUCAUUAAGGACAAGGGCGGCGUUGUUGGCAUCAAGGUAAGCGACGUGGGUGGCAAGUGAUAAGUCUGAAAUGCCUGAGCCCACCAUGUUUGGUGCCCUGGGAGGUAGGCCAGUUCCAGUAUUCUAGUGACGCACGACCUUGAAGGCUGCAUGACCUUGCAAAAACAACACCACCACAAUGCAGGAAAAAAUGCUCCAACUUGAAGGCACCACCCACUUUUUAAAAAAUCUGUUUGCAGAAGGGCUUGUUAACUGAUUGAGCUAGCAUCUGAGCAAACCUUAAAGAAAAUUCCUAUUCUCUUUAAAAUUAGAUAACCUCUCCACAUGUCACAAGAGACAUCAUUUUAAAAGAGGCUUUCUCUCCUGUGUGUGAGAGGGGCAGUUGUAAGCAAUAGAAAAUUAUUCAUUUUUUUUUUAAAAAAAAGUCUGCCUGAUGGUUUAUUUAUUUAGAAAAUGUAUAGUGGUGCUUUCCCCUUCCUUGCUCAGAGUAGUUUACAAAUACGAAAGGAAAAGAGUGGUCUGGCCAUGAACACUAAUUACCAAACUAAGAACAGCAGCCAAAAGACACACAAAGAACUUCAUCACGGCACUUGCGAUCAAUGCACUAAGCAGCAAUAGGGGAAAGCUUGUUUAAAAAGGGAUGUUUUCAGUCACUGGAAUGGAGACAAAGGGAGACUGCCUAAGCUCAUGGGGCAGAGAGUUCCACAUAUGGGGCUGGCAGCACAGAGAAAGCCACCUUGGGCACUGCUACCUCUCUUGCCUCAAGAAGACAGACUAUAAACACUGCAGUCCUACUGCAUAAAUGUGGAUAUGCUUAGAUGGGAACUAAUCUUAAGGGGAUGAAAGCAUUGGAGACCACAGGGUCAUCUGGAUUUCUCUGUUGCCUCCUUCCCUCCAAAUCACAGCCAGAUAUUUUGAAUCCCAGUUACCUAUUCACUAAGCAAACAAAAAUCUUGGUCCAUUUAUGUGCUAAACAACUUACAUAUGGCCUACAGACGAUUGAGUUGGGCUAGCAAGUCGAUGAGCAGGAGCCAUUAUUUAUGUUGUUUGUUUCUGGAUGAUUGACUUGAUAGGACAAGAUGUUUAGCUUAGUGGAAAGAAACAUGCCACAAAGCAAGCCAAAGGCUUAACAGACUUCUCUGCCUCGCUUUCCUCCCUGCAGGUUGACAAAGGUGUUGUGCCUCUUGCUGGGACUAACGGAGAGACUACUACCCAGGGUGAGUCUAGAUCUCUGUGUGUUGGUAGGGGGAGUUGUGAAGGGAAGUCAAUCUAGCCUGGAGCUAGGAGAAGCAGCUGGGUUCGACGGCAUCCGCCCUUAACCCCCCUUUUACCUGUGCAGGUCUGGAUGGCUUGUCUGAACGCUGUGCCCAGUACAAGAAGGAUGGCGCUGACUUUGCCAAGUGGCGCUGCGUCUUGAAGAUCACUCCAACCACCCCUUCCCACCUGGCCAUCAUUGAGAAUGCCAAUGUGCUGGCUCGCUACGCCAGCAUCUGCCAGGCGGUGAGUGCCAGCAGGCAUUGAGGGGAAAGGGGGCAUUCAUCAACAUCUACUUAACACUAAGCAGUUUCUAGAAAGACCCACUUGUUUUCCGUUUUUUGGAUGCUGGAAGAAGGUUGAGUCAUCAGGUUAUGGGCAGCUCAUGGAUCGUUUUAUGACUGACCGGACGGUUGGCAUUAGGAUUGUUUUAUCUGCUCUGUAUCGCUGUUUAUAUAUUUUAAAAAGGGAUUUGUAACCAACCCUGAGGUCGUUAGAUGGCGGGUGGGAUGGAAGUACACCAAAUAAACAAAUGGAUGGAGCAGUGGUCUGACUCUGUAGGGCAGCUCUUUGAAUCUGCCUUGCAGCUUGGCAGUCAGAGCGCAUCUCAAGAUGGUAGUGUCGAAAUGGCAGUUUCGUCCUCUUCGCCAAAUACCGCUCUGGGAAAUUUCCCAAGGACAUGCAGUGCCCUUAUUUUGCAAAUGGGUGGAGGCAGUCUUCUGCAACUGCAGUACCCAUCUGCUGCUACAAGAGGGCAGCAAGGAAUUUGGUAGGUUAGACAUGUGGCUUCCCCUCCUGGGUGGAAUUUCCAGCUCUGAUGUACUUGAACUAGGAAGGAAUUGAACAUACUCAGUAGCUGCUGAAACAUCUAGGUAGAGCCCUCAGUUAGAACAUAAGAUGCAUCUAACUAGAUUAGGCAUGUGAUUAAAUGUCCUUCUUGCAACUUGGAAUUCUUACUGUGUUUUGAUUUAGCUCUGUUUUUUUCUGUGGGAUCGUAACUGUCCAUCUCCCCUGUCUCUCAACUCCAGAACGGAAUUGUCCCCAUUGUGGAACCCGAAAUCCUCCCUGACGGUGACCAUGACCUCAAGCGCUGCCAGUAUGUGACUGAAAAGGUGAGGUGGAUGUGGAGGGAAGCGCUUGAUUGACGCAAAUUGGUGUGGGCUGGCUUUUGCCCUUUUCCCCCCCUCAUGCUAUGGAAGGAAAGGAGAAGGAUCUCGGAAGAACUUCCCAGCACUGACCUCCUGCUCCUUCUGCCAUGCCUAGGUUCUGGCUGCCGUGUACAAAGCCCUGAGCGACCACCACAUCUACCUGGAGGGGACCCUGCUCAAGCCAAACAUGGUGACCGCUGGUCACGCUUGCACCCAGAAAUACACCAAUGAGGAAAUUGCCAUGGCAACCGUCACCGCCCUGCGCCGCACUGUGCCCCCAGCAGUUACUGGUAAGCGAACGGGACCCAGAAGCACCUGUUCCUUCCUGCCCCACAAAAAAUAUGUGGCAGCCCUCAACAAUUUACACUGCAGUAAUAUAUAGAGCCCAUCCCUACAGGACGGCUGCUGGUAUCUGUUUAAUAGUGGAGCUAUCAUUCUAAUGGCUACAGAGUUGCCACCAUAGUGUAUUACAAUCGUACCUCCGGUUACGUAAGCGGCAAACCUGGAAGCAUAUUUCCGGGUUUUUGUUGCAUGCACAGAAGCGGUCCCUCCGGCUGCGGAAACCUCGGGAUCCGACCGGAGCUCCGGAAUGGAUCCUGUCCACAACCGGAGGUACCACUGUAUUUGUUCAAGGAAACUCCUUUAGCUUUUGCCUGGAGAGCUUCCUGUAGUUGGGACAUUGUCCCACCCCACCAACUUUUUUGAAAAAGAUGUGCUAGACAAACCCAUUUUUUUGUGUGAAGGGACAAGUGGUGAUUCAGGAGGCAGAACUGGGGUGUGUGUGUGGAUAUAAUACCCUCUAUUUCUAACAUUUUCUGCAAUCAAACUCUCCUUCUCCCCCCUCCCCCUUCAAUUCUGCAUUUCUCAGAUAUUAAACCCUUCCUUCCUUACCAGCUGCUAACUGUAUUGUCUUGCCGCAGGUAUCACUUUCCUGUCUGGUGGCCAGAGUGAGGAAGAGGCCACCAUCAACCUGAAUGCCAUCAACAACUGCCCCCUGCACAAGCCAUGGGCCCUGACCUUCUCCUAUGGCCGUGCCCUGCAAGCUUCUGCCCUCAAGGCCUGGAGUGGCAAGAAAGAGAACCUCAAGAAUGCUCAGGAAGAAUACAUCAAGCGCGCUUUGGUACGUAUUGCUGGGGCCCCGGUCGCCCUGGGGAGUGGGAUCUAGCAGGUCAGGGUAAGGGGCUGGGUAGCCACUGCACAGCAGCAACUCCUUUAAGGUGCUCAGGGGUUGGGUAUGUGCAGCGAUCAUCUCCCCAAAAGCUGCCCUUUGACAGAGGCACUCAAAAGGGCUUUAGGAAGACAUGUAUUAUUAGUAAGAGAUUCAAAUGCAACAAAUCUGGUUGGGUGCAAAAAGCAGAAAAACUAAAAGCAACGUUAGUGGGGAACAGGAAGGGAUCUGAGGUGUGUCUCUGAAAAAUAAACAAAUUAACUGGUCACACAUUGCAUUGAGAGUCAGGGCUCCCAGGUUCUGUUCUCCCAAACUUUUGGUGGCAAAAGGUAGGGCUAUGGGCGAGGUGACAGGGGGUUGCAAUUGUCAAAGUUACGGGUAAAGUGAUGCUGGGAAUCAGGACUCCUUGGUGUUUCCUCCUGGUAGGGGACAGGAGUUUUGUGUAUCAGGAAAAGGGGUCUAAUUUAUGUUGUGGCUGUGAUCCUAAUAAGGAGGAUGUGCGAAGUGUAGCUUUUCUUUUUAAAGAGGAAAGCAGUUCCAACAUCUCUUCUCACUCCCCCCUCUUGUUUUACACAGGCCAACAGCCUUGCCUGCCAGGGCAAAUAUGUUCCAUCUGGAAAAGGCGGAGCCGCUGCCAGCGAGUCCCUCUUUGUCUCCAAUCAUGCUUAUUAAAAUCAGAGGCCUGGCUGCGCUCUUUUGUUGUUAACGUUGUGCCUGUGGUGUCUCUUGUUCUAUUUCUUGCCCUGCCCUGCUUCCUCUCUGCCAGCUUCUAUAGCAGGGAAAGGUAGACAUCUUUGCCUUGCCUUGAAAGAACCCAGAAGCCUUGGCUUCUUCCUUCCCCUUGAUCCACCUCCCCACCGCCACCUCUGUAUGCCUUGUGUGUGUGUGAUGUCCCGCUUUUCCUUCUGGUGACCGACGACACUCCUGGUCCGUGGCCAUAACACCGAAAUGUCUCCGGAGCUGGGACGACGCCUGACUCGCGGACUUCUAGAAAUAAAAGAGAAUCUAUUUAAACAUUG